CUUUUUACUUACCUUGCUCACUGUUAGUUUUAGAGCACCACAUCCCCUUUUUGAUACCUUGCUUACUUAUUUUCAUGCCUUGAUACUUAUUUUGAUACUUUGAUACUUAUUUUGAUACCUUGAUUCACUCUUUUACCCUCUGUGACCUCAGGGCGUGUCUUUGCUUUUAAUAAACAUUUACUUUAACAGGCUGUCAAUACAGCGUUUCUCUCCCUCCCCUUUUUUAUUCCAGCUGUUCCUGGCAGGUUAUACUUCGCAGAAAUGUUGAACUUCACAGAAGAAACAGCAACGUUGCCAGUUUUAAAUCCACCUGCUUGCCCAGCUACACUUCUACGUCACGUUUCUUUAGACUUUGGUUCAGCGUAGAGAUGUCUUCCCCUGAAAUCGCUUCCCUUUCGUGGGGUCAGAUGAAGGUUAAGGGCUGCUCCACCACCUACAAGGACUGCAAAGUGUGGCCGGGAGGCAGUCGGACCUGGGACUGGCGAGAAACGGGGACGAACCAUUCUCCAGGAGUGCAGCCGGCUGACCUUGAAGAAGUUGUCAAGAAAGGCGUGCAAACCGUCGUGAUCGGUCGUGGCAUGAGCGAGGCUCUGCAGGUUCCAUCGUCUACCGUGGACUAUCUAAAGAAAAACGGGAUCGAGGUGGUGGUCUUGCAAACCGAGAAGGCUGUGGAAGAAUACAACGCCCUGGCUGCUCGGGGUGUCAAGGUGGGGGGCGUCUUCCAUUCGACGUGCUGAAGCACCGCGGGCUCAGAGCCUGCCCCUGCCCUCGGCCAAGUCACGGGCAGGCCUCCCGGCUGCCUCAGGUUACAGCCAGCAGUGGGGAUUGACAUGCCACAGCAUUAAUGUGCGCUGGAAAUCGAGUGCAAGGGCAGUUUAUGAGCUUAGGAUUUAAACAAACCGAGUGCUCACAAAGGUGGGUUGUUAAUGAGAUCGUUUAAUUACAGAACCGUUUGCAUACGUUCUGGAGAUUGACCUAAACUUUAGAAUAUUGGCUGUAUUCUGGUCACUUUUCACCUUUGGGUUAAAUUAAGAUAUUAAAUUGUGAAUAUUCUUCUUAGGAAAUGGCCUGGGAUUACAUGGUUAGCUACUGCAGCGUUGUCAUAAAACAUCUGAUGAGUACAAUCAAGUGGUGGUAAAGAAUCACUUUAUUAAUAAGAUAAAAUAAAUGAAUAAAAAUAAAAGGGUCAACCCCAGAAUAACUCUGCCUCCUGCUGGUGACUUCACUCAGGGUAUUGGUUGUGCAGAUCUGAGAUGAAUCAAGACUGUAAAACUUCCUACUUUUAAAUUUUACAUAGAGCCUAGAAAAAGAAGUCCCUGGGGAAUAAAUUUAUAAUCUGUGCCUUAAACAAUUUUCCCAUUACCUGCACUGUGAGUACGGAGUUGUGAAAUGUGUGUCUUGCAAGUAUUAAAGAAGUCGCUACCUGCUUCAAAUGAUCUAAAAACUCUGUCUCAGAGCUAGCUUGCAGCAUAAAUGAUGAGUUUUUAGGAAAUCGGUCUAAAUUACUGUUGGCAAGGUGUUGCCAGCAAGCGUGGGGUGGAAGUUAGGGUUCUUACCAAGCAUUGUGUUUCCUGUUUGCACAUCACAACAAGAGCUGUUACAGUGAAAGGAUUAAAAGUUCUUUCAGUUGCUC